CUUUUCUUUACCACGUACGCUAGCAGCCAGCGCACACUUUUCACUUUUUUUUCCUUGUUGUUCUCAUAAUCUCUUUUCUUUUUACAACACAAAAGGAAUUCACAAUGGCACGAGACGAAGUAGCAACAGCUUCACGAUCGAAAAUUGAUCCUGCAAAAGAAAUGGAGAUAAUGAAGGCGACUACCCGUGCUGGAGGUGCCUACAUUCCACCCCAUCGACUACGACAAAUGCAACAACAAGUGACCGACAAAUCAAGCGAUCAAUACCAACGCAUCACUUGGGAAGCGCUCAAGAAAUCUAUCAAUGGUUUGAUCAACAAAAUCAACACUUCUAACAUCAAAAUGAUUGCCCCUGAAUUGUUUGGCGAGAACCUGGUCCGUGGCCGAGGCUUGUUCUGCCGCAGUCUCAUGCGGGCACAAAGUGCAAGUUUACGAUUCACACCUGUAUAUGCUGCCGUCGCAGCUGUCGUCAAUACAAAGAUACCAGACUGUGGUGCAUUAUUGCUGGCACGAUUGGUAGUACAAUUCCGACGUGCUUUCCGUCGUAAUGAUAAGACUGUGUGCUUAGCUGUAUGCACUUUUAUUGCACAUUUAACAAACCAACUCGUUGUCCACGAAAUCCUUGCUCUACAAGUCCUCGCAUUACUGUUGCAGCAACCCACGGACGACUCGGUCGAAAUCGCUGUAGGCUUUAUGCGCGAGGUCGGUGCUCACCUAGCCAAUGUUUCCCCCAAACCUAACAACGCCAUCUUUGAGACGUUCCGUUCUAUUCUACACGAGGGCAAGAUUGAUAAACGUACACAGUACAUGAUCGAAGUCUUGUUCCAGGUGCGCAAGGAUAAAUACAAGGAUAAUCAGCCUAUCAUCCAAGACUUGGAUCUGGUAGAAGAGGAAGAUCAAAUCACACAUUACAUCGGUUUGGACGACGAGGAUCUUGACGUCGAGGAACGACUCAACAUUUUCAAGUACGACCCUGAUUACGCGGAAAACGAAGAGCGAUACGCCGAACUCAAGGCUGAAAUCUUGGGUGAAGGAUCUGAAGAUGAAUCCGACGACAGUGAUGAGGAUAGUGAGGAUGAGAGUGAAGAAGAAAGCGAAGAUGAAGAGGACAAGCAAAUGGAAAUCCAGGACAAGACAAAUGCCGAUGUGAUUGACCUGCGACGAAAAAUCUAUUUGACGGUCAUGUCCAGUGUGGAUUAUGAAGAAUGUUGCCACAAAUUGAUGAAGAUCAAUAUUCAAGAGGGUCAAGAGAUUGAAUUAUGUAACAUGAUCAUCGAGUGCUGCUCUCAAGAACGAACCUUCCUCAAAUAUUAUGGUUUGAUGGCAGAACGCUUCUGCAAAAUGAACCGGAUAUGGGGCGAGAAUUUCGCGAUUGCGUUCAACGAGACGUACGAGACUGUCCACCGAUACGAAACCAACCGACUACGCAACAUUGCCAAAUUAUUUGCCCAUCUUUUCUUUACGGAUUCCCUAGCCUGGACCUGCUUUUCGAUCGUCCGUUUAACUGAAGAAGACACAACAUCGGCAUCGCGUAUUUUCGUCAAGAUUCUCUUCACCGAAAUCAGCGAAUUUUUGGGUUUAAAGAAGCUCAAGGAACGUAUGGAUGAUCCAUAUAUGGCCGAGUCAUUCCAAGGCAUGUUUCCCAAGGACAAUCCAAAGAACACGCGUUUCGCCAUCAACUAUUGGACCAGUAUUGGAUUGGGUGCGCUCACUGAAGAGUUGCGUGAAUGUAACGGUCUAAGAGAAUGUGUAAUCGUCUAUGAGCCUUUACUGCCAAUUGUCAUUAUCUUUGGUGAAUCAUUGCAGUGA